GUAUAGUAUAAUUAAUUUUAAUUUACACUCUGUUCCAGCAGGGGGCAGACUGACUCAACAAAUAGCCACCAACUCCAGCCAUCCCGCUUUUUUCAAAAGGAGUUGGAAUUCUAAAACUAAGGGCUUGGAACAGUACCACCAGAAUUCUAGAACUGCCCCAGAAGUAUUCUAUUUUUCUCGAGUGCCCCUUUCAAAAAUCAGUCCCCAAUUUUUGCCAACUCCUGUGUUAUCCUGGCCUUCACCCUUAUUCCCCCAAACUUUCCUUUUCCCCGAAUUUCUCUAAAACUCCUCUUCCCCUGGUCAUUGUGAUUAAAUCUCCACUUCACCCCAGCCUCUCUGACUUCUGACUGGAAGAGCGAAGUCAAAAGAGGGGAUGAGAUGUCCGCCAUGGCCAAAGCCUACGACCACCUCUUCAAGUUGCUGCUGAUCGGGGACUCAGGGGUGGGCAAGACUUGUCUGAUCAUUCGCUUUGCAGAGGACAACUUCAACAACACUUACAUCUCCACCAUCGGAAUUGAUUUCAAGAUUCGCACUGUGGAUAUAGAGGGGAAAAAGAUCAAACUGCAAGUCUGGGACACAGCUGGCCAAGAGCGAUUCAAGACAAUAACUACUGCCUAUUACCGUGGAGCCAUGGGCAUUAUCCUAGUAUAUGAUAUCACAGAUGAGAAAUCCUUCGAGAAUAUUCAGAACUGGAUGAAGAGCAUCAAAGAGAAUGCCUCGGCUGGGGUAGAGCGCCUCUUACUGGGGAACAAGUGUGACAUGGAGGCCAAGAGGAAGGUGCAGAAGGAGCAGGCUGAUAAGUUGGCUCGGGAGCAUGGAAUCCGAUUUUUUGAGACAAGUGCUAAAUCCAGUAUGAAUGUAGACGAGGCUUUCUGUUCCCUGGCACGGGACAUCUUACUCAAGUCAGGAGGCCGGAGAUUGAAAAACAACAACAAGCCCCCCAGCACUGACCUGAAAACUUGUGACAAGAAGAAUACCAACAAGUGCUCCUUGGGCUGACGACUCCUUUCUGCCUCUCCACCCUAAGCCUGGAGACUGAAUCUGAGGAAGGCAGGGCUGAGGGGCUGGGCAGGGGAGAAAUAGCAAAUGGGGCUUGGAGGGGUAGAGAUGGGUAGAUGGUAGAAGAAUGGGGAGAAUAUGGAGAAGAAAAAAAAGAAGGAGAGAGAAGGAAAGAGGAAAAGAAAGGAAGCAGGAUAGAGCGGGAAGGAGAAGCAAGAAAAAGGAAAAGAAUUGGGAAAGUGGAAGAAGGUGAGAAGGAAGUAGGAAGAGAGGGAGGAGGAAAGGAAGAUGGAUGGUCCUAGGCCUCAGACCUCUGGGUUUCCAGGGCAAAUAUAAAUGUAAAUAAAUAGUUGAUUUAUUCUGUUAUGGGAUCAAGCUUUAGGGUCCUGAGAGAGGCUGGCUCAGUACCACCCUCUGAAGGUUUGGUCCUAUGCUGUCACUCUGCAUGGUCUUUCUCAGUAUUAAAGGCCACCAUUUGCACAAA